UUAUAGCUCCCUCUUGCUAUAUAAGACUAAAAUCGCAACAGCUUUGAUUUAGUCAGUGACAAUCAGUGCAAACAACAUGAAAAAAAUCACAUCUUGUUUAAUACAUUUUUGCCUAGCAACUCUAUGUUUUGGGGGCAAAUUACCGUCAAGUUUCAAAAAAUGUCACAAAAACGAUAACAAAUGCCUAUCAGAAGCCGCCGCUGAUGCCAUCCACCAAUUAAAUAAACCGAUCAAAGAGGCGAAUUUACCGAGUUUGGAACCACUCGAAGUACCAUCGUUGACCAUCGGCGCCGGAAGUGGACCCGUAGGACUUGAACAAAAAUUCAAAAAUGUCAAAAUUUACGGCUUUACGAAACCCACAACGACGCGAUUCGAACUCGAUUUAGAGAAGAAAAGCGCUCAUCUUGAAUGUGAUUUCGACGAAGUUAAACUCAUUGCCGACUACGAUAUCAACGGAAAAAUCCUCUUAUUGCCAGUUUAUGGUUCAGGACCGGCUCAAGUGAUACUGGAAAAAGUCCACGGUAUUGAAAAUUUCACUCUCGAAGAGUACGAAAAAAAGGGUAAAAAACAUUUGAAAGUCGUUUCAGAAGUAUUAUCAUUGGACCCAAGUUUAAUAAAAUUCAAUUUUGAUAAUUUAUUCAACGGUGAUAAGGCUUUAGGUGAUAAUAUUAAUCAAGUCGUCAAUGAGAAUUGGAAAGAAGUGUGGGGUGACAUCAAGAGUAGCUAUGAAGAUGCUUUUGGGCAAAUUAUCAUGGGAUUAUUUAAUAAUUUAUUGGCCAAAAUUCCAAUUGAGGAACUUUUGGACCAGUAAUAUGUAGUUUUUUUUUUUUUAAAUAAAAUUGAAAAAACCCAGUUA